AUGCAGCACAUUUUUGCCUUCUUCUGCACCGGUUUCCUAGGCGCGGUAGUAGGUGCCAAUUUCCCCAACAACAUCCAGAUCGGGGGAUUAUUUCCAAACCAGCAGUCACAGGAACAUGCCGCUUUUAGAUUUGCUUUGUCACAACUCACAGAGCCCCCAAAGCUGCUCCCCCAGAUUGAUAUUGUGAACAUCAGCGACAGCUUUGAGAUGACCUAUAGAUUCUGUUCCCAGUUCUCUAAAGGAGUCUACGCCAUCUUUGGGUUUUAUGAACGGAGAACUGUCAACAUGCUGACCUCCUUCUGUGGGGCCCUCCACGUCUGCUUCAUCACACCGAGCUUCCCCGUUGACACCUCCAAUCAGUUUGUCCUUCAGCUACGCCCUGAGCUGCAGGAUGCUCUUAUCAGCAUCAUCGACCAUUACAAGUGGCAGAAAUUCGUCUACAUUUAUGAUGCCGACCGGGGUUUGUCCGUCCUGCAGAAAGUACUGGACACAGCUGCUGAGAAGAACUGGCAGGUGACAGCAGUCAACAUUUUGACAACCACAGAGGAGGGAUACCGGAUGCUCUUUCAGGACCUGGAAAAGAAAAAGGAGCGACUAGUGGUGGUGGACUGUGAAUCAGAACGUCUCAACGCUAUCUUGGGCCAGAUUAUCAAGCUGGAGAAGAAUGGCAUCGGCUACCACUACAUCCUUGCAAAUCUGGGUUUCAUGGACAUUGACUUAAACAAAUUCAAGGAGAGUGGAGCAAAUGUAACAGGUUUCCAGUUGGUUAACUACACAGACACCAUCCCAGCCAAAAUCAUGCAGCAGUGGAAGAACAGCGAUGCUCGCGACCACACCCGGGUGGACUGGAAGAGACCUAAGUACACCUCUGCGCUCACCUACGACGGGGUGAAGGUGAUGGCUGAGGCUUUUCAGAGCCUGCGGAGGCAGAGAAUCGAUAUAUCCCGCCGGGGGAAUGCUGGGGACUGCCUGGCUAACCCAGCUGUGCCCUGGGGCCAGGGGAUCGACAUCCAAAGAGCUCUGCAGCAGGUGCGGUUUGAAGGCUUGACAGGAAAUGUUCAAUUUAAUGAGAAGGGACGCCGGACCAACUACACCCUCCAUGUGAUUGAAAUGAAGCAUGAUGGCAUCCGAAAGAUCGGUUACUGGAAUGAAGAUGAUAAGUUUGUCCCUGCAGCCACCGAUGCUCAAGCUGGGGGGGACAAUUCAAGUGUCCAGAAUAGAACAUACAUCGUUACUACAAUCCUAGAAGAUCCGUAUGUGAUGCUCAAGAAGAAUGCCAACCAGUUUGAGGGCAAUGACCGCUAUGAGGGCUACUGUGUAGAGCUGGCAGCAGAGAUUGCCAAACAUGUGGGCUACUCCUACCGUCUUGAGAUUGUCAGCGAUGGAAAAUAUGGAGCCCGUGACCCUGACACCAAGGCUUGGAAUGGCAUGGUGGGAGAGCUGGUCUAUGGAAGAGCCGAUGUGGCCGUGGCUCCUUUAACUAUCACCUUGGUCCGGGAAGAGGUGAUAGAUUUCUCCAAGCCAUUUAUGAGUUUGGGGAUCUCCAUCAUGAUAAAAAAGCCGCAGAAGUCCAAGCCGGGGGUCUUCUCCUUCCUCGAUCCUUUGGCUUAUGAAAUUUGGAUGUGCAUUGUCUUUGCCUACAUUGGAGUGAGUGUCGUCCUUUUCCUGGUCAGCCGCUUCAGCCCCUAUGAAUGGCACAGUGAAGAGUUUGAGGAAGGGCGGGACCAGACAACCAGUGACCAAUCCAAUGAGUUUGGGAUAUUCAACAGUUUGUGGUUCUCCCUGGGAGCAUUCAUGCAACAAGGAUGUGACAUUUCUCCCAGGUCCCUGUCUGGCCGCAUCGUUGGUGGUGUCUGGUGGUUCUUCACCUUGAUCAUCAUCUCCUCAUACACAGCCAACCUGGCUGCCUUCUUGACCGUGGAGAGGAUGGUGUCUCCCAUCGAGAGUGCUGAGGACCUAGCGAAACAGACGGAAAUCGCUUACGGCACACUGGAAGCAGGGUCCACUAAGGAGUUCUUCAGGAGGUCUAAAAUUGCCGUGUUUGAGAAAAUGUGGACAUACAUGAAGUCAGCAGAACCAUCAGUUUUUGUGCGAACCACGGAGGAAGGAAUGAUCCGAGUGAGGAAAUCCAAAGGCAAAUACGCCUACCUUCUGGAGUCUACCAUGAAUGAAUACAUUGAGCAGCGGAAACCCUGUGACACCAUGAAGGUGGGAGGUAACUUGGAUUCCAAAGGCUAUGGCAUUGCGACACCCAAGGGGUCCGCCCUGAGAAAUCCAGUAAACCUGGCAGUGUUAAAACUGAACGAGCAGGGGCUUUUGGACAAAUUGAAAAACAAAUGGUGGUACGACAAGGGCGAGUGCGGCAGCGGGGGAGGUGAUUCCAAGGACAAGACAAGUGCUCUGAGCCUCAGCAAUGUGGCAGGCGUGUUCUACAUCCUGAUUGGAGGACUUGGACUAGCCAUGCUGGUUGCCUUAAUCGAGUUCUGCUACAAAUCCCGUAGCGAAUCCAAGCGGAUGAAGGGUUUCUGUUUGAUCCCACAGCAAUCCAUCAAUGAAGCCAUACGGACAUCAACACUCCCGCGAAACAGUGGGGCAGGAACCAGCGGUGGCGGCAGUGGAGAAAACGGCCGGGUGGUCAGCCAUGACUUCCCCAAGUCCAUGCAGUCGAUUCCCUGCAUGAGCCACAGUUCAGGGAUGCCCUUGGGAGCCACAGGAUUGUAA